CUGGGGCGCGGGCGGCGCGGGCAGGGCGGGCGGCGCGGGCAGGGAGCUGUCCUUCAGCACCGCGGGCCGCGGAGCGCUCCGCCCGCACCGCCGCCCGGGGAGCUGUCCUGCAGCACCGGCGGCCCGGGAGCGCUCCGCCCGCCCCGCCGCCCGGGGAGCUGUCCUGCAGCACCGCCGGCCAGCGCCGACACCGACACCAACACCGCCGCCGCCGCCGCCGCCGCUGCUGCCGCGGGGGAGCCGUCCAGCGCCGCGCCGCCAACGCCGCCGCCGCCGCCGGCUUGAUGCAGUAGCGGGGCCCGGGAGCCGCCGGGGGCCGCCGCGGGGCAGGGGGUGCCGCAGCCGGGCUCCGCUUCGCGACCCCCGCCCGGGAGGGGCGCCGCGCCUGUCCCCCUCCUCCCCCUCCCCAACCCCCCCUUCCAGGAGCCCCCCUCUCUCCUCGCCCACCUCCGCCGGGAGCGAGCGCCGCGGCUGUGCGGAAAAGCCAUGGGAGGCAAGACCUCGGCACCUGUUCAGCUGAAAUCAAGGGCUUACAGUAUACUGGGCACUCUGGCUUGGUGGUAGGAGCGAGCAAAAGGAAGGAGAAGCAAGCGAGAAAAAGUGAGAGAGGAUUGGAGCGAUUGCCGCUGCCGGGAAAAAAAAAAAUAAAAACCCAAGGAAGAUAACUGGGAAGGAAAAGGAUUUUCAUGGCGCAGGCUGCAGAGCUAAGCAAGAAGACUGAAGGUUGCAUCUCUGCUCUUACAGUCUCUAACUGUCUAGGUCCAGAUAAUGAGAGAUUGUGUUGAGGAUGCUGCUGCUGCUCCCCUGUUCACUGUGGAAGCCAUCUCCAAAUUAGCCAUUACAUAUGGAAACUGGAGACCAGAAUUUUAGAAAAAGGGAUUAAGGCGUCUCAUUUUGGGGGGGGUUCUCUCUUUAUUUGUUUGGUUUUUCUUGGUUCUUUUCUCUCUUCUUUUUUUCUUUUUCCUUUUUCCUUUUUUUAUAUUUCAACCAGAACGUUUCCGAUUUAAAAGGCAAGCCUCUUCCCGUGUGGUCUUUCUAAUUUACACUCUUUUCCGUGGGCUUUCUUACCUCCCUUUUUUGAUAUCUAUCUCUCUCUCUAUACCCAUUAUAUUAUUAGUCGGAAUUAUUAUUCUUUUAUUUUAUUAAACACACACACCCCAAGAAUCAGAAGGCGGUUGGGUAUUUGUAUAAUGAAGAAUUAUGGGGCUCUUUGACAGAGGUGUUCAGAUGCUUUUAACCACCGUUGGUGCUUUCGCUGCCUUCAGCCUGAUGACCAUAGCUGUGGGGACCGACUACUGGCUUUACUCCAGAGGGGUUUGCAAGACUAAAACUGUCAGUGAGAACGAAACCAGCAAAAAGAACGAGGAAGUCAUGACCCAUUCUGGAUUAUGGAGAACCUGCUGCCUAGAAGGGAAUUUUAAAGGUCUGUGUAAGCAAAUCGAUCACUUCCCUGAGGAUGCAGAUUAUGAAGCCGAUACAGCAGAAUAUUUCCUCCGGGCUGUUAGAGCCUCUAGUAUUUUCCCGAUCCUGAGUGUGAUUCUGCUUUUCAUGGGUGGACUCUGCAUUGCAGCCAGCGAGUUCUACAAAACCCGACACAACAUCAUCCUUAGUGCCGGCAUCUUCUUCGUGUCUGCAGGUCUGAGUAAUAUAAUUGGCAUCAUCGUAUACAUAUCAGCCAACGCUGGAGACCCCUCCAAGAGUGACUCCAAGAAGAACAGCUACUCCUACGGCUGGUCCUUCUAUUUCGGGGCCCUGUCCUUCAUUAUAGCCGAGAUGGUGGGAGUGCUGGCUGUCCACAUGUUCAUAGACCGGCACAAACAGCUGCGUGCCAACGCUCGUGCCACGGACUACCUCCAGUCCUCCGCCAUCACCCGCAUCCCCAGCUACCGGUACCGCUAUCAGAGACGCAGUCGCUCCAGCUCCCGCUCCACCGAGCCUUCACACUCCAGGGAUGCCUCUCCCGUCGGGAUCAAAGGGUUCAACACCCUGCCAUCAACAGAGAUCUCGAUGUACACCCUGACCAGGGACCCGCUGAAGGCAACCACCACCCCCACCGCCACCUACAACUCCGACAGGGAUAACAGUUUCCUCCAGGUUCACAACUGUAUCCAGAAAGAGAACAAGGACUCUAUCCACACCAACACAGCCAACCGCCGGACCACCCCGGUAUGAAGCCGUCGCCAGGAGCUGAAAAUGGGGCAGGAACGGGCAGGAGGAGACGGGGGUGGGCUGCAGGGUGGGGAGGGUGGAAGGGGGCAGGGGGCAGCAGGGGGGUGGGGAAGGAGGAGGUGGAAGCGCCCCUUGGUGGAGUGGGGACCUUCUCAAUGCAAAAAAAAAAAAAAAAUCCACAAAAAAACCAACAAAAGCAAACAAAAAACUGAUUAAAAAAAAAAAAAACAACAACGAAGGAACAAGCAGAUAAGCAGACAAACAAGCGAGUGAACAAAAAAAACUAACAAACGAAAAGGAAACAUGAGGAAAGAGACAACAGUGAAAAAAAUUCUUUAAAAAAAAAGCAAAAGAAAAAAGAAAAAAAAAGAAAAUCCUUAAAACUGAGAGAAAGAGAUUUAAAAAAUAGAAAUAAAUUUAAAAGAAAAUGCAUGAUUUCCCAUGUACCAUUAUUUUAACAUUUAAUAAAAACAGAUUAAAAAAACAAAAGGGAACCAAGAAAUAACAAAUGACAAUAAAUCAAAUGGGAGGAAGAGGAGGAGGAGGCAGCUUUUUUAAUUUUGGGAGGUUUUAUUCUUUUAUUUUGUGGUUUGUUUCCCACUUACCUUUAAUCCAGCACAGGCUUCUUGGGGGACAAGGGCUGGGGGUUUGGCUGCCAGUGACUUCGGUGUCCUUGGGCCAGUUAUGGAGGAUCCUGGGUGCCGGAGUUAGCCAUGACCCACUCUGUUCCCCUGAGACCCACGGGGAUCCACUCCAUUCCCCUGGGAUCCGUGGGGAUCCGCUCAUCCUCCACAGAUCCAUAGGGGUUUAAAGUGACCCUAGGGAGUGCAGGAGCUGAUGCUGAGUCACCCCUCCACAGUGUCCCCAGGGGGUUCCCCACUUCCCCAGCCCUGGAGACCCUGGGGUUAACGGUGACAGUGCAAAAAACAAACAGACACAGUAAAUAAAGACACACACGCAGAGACAAAAAAAAAAAAGGACAAAAGAGGUUUCAUAAAAAUAUAAAGUGGCAAUUUUUUAAUAAAACAACAGCUAUAAAUAAAUGUAAAUAUAAUAAGUGGA